AUGUUGGAAGCCCGUAUGUCACCAGAGGACACGUGCCCAGUGAACCUGGAAGUGCGUAUAAAGUACUGCUACUAUGUCAUCGUCACUCCUUAUAUGCCGUCAUACAUGGAAGACGGUCAGGUUUGUGUCGUAUGCGGUGACACGGCAACGGGAUUGCACUACAGAGCUAUAACUUGCGAAGGGUGCAAGGGAUUCUUCCGUCGAACAUCUCAGCGUCAUAUCAGCUAUGUUUGUAAGGCUGACGAAAAGUGUGAGAUCAACAAACAAACACGAAACGUCUGCCAACGAUGUCGCUAUCUUAAAUGCAUUGAAGCAGGAAUGAGCGCCGAUUUGGUGCUGAAUGAGGAGGAGCGUGUGCAGAAACGAGAAUUAAUUAAAGGAAACCGUGAACGUCGACAUCUAGAACAGUUGGUCUCAGUCGUUAAAGGGCCACCGCUUAGUGAUUCACAUCUUAGAGAUCUGACUUUUGAGAUUAAUCUGAUUACCAAGUCCUAUUGCCGACACAUUGAUCAGCCUAUGGCGACAAUAUUAUCGGACCGCGUGAUCGCUAAAGAUUCGGAUGAUCAGCUAACUGAGACACUUCGGCCUAUCGUCAGAAGAAGUAGUGACUUCGCAAGAGUGAUUGCAAUUUGGGACACGGUUGAUGUGAUUGUAUCCACUUAUGCUCGACUGGACGAGAUGCUGCACACGUUGAUCGACGAAGGAAGCGAUGGUGUUGGUGUUGCUCAAGCGUUUGCACGUCUUCUGUCAACGGUGACGGCAUUACGUUGUGUUUGUCGUCGUCUUGUGCAGCACUUCACGCCACAAAAUGUCGAAUUUCUAGAGAAAAUCUUAGGAUUUUAA